ACGAGACUAUUUGAUCCGUACGUGAAUAUCGUUGUUGUGCGCAAACAACAUUAAGAGACUCCGAGACGUUGUUAUCCAUCAACAAGCAGAAGUAGUCAUGAGAUGCGUGGAGCUGACUUUGCACUGUUAGACAUUUAGCUGCGGAUACAUGCGAGUUCAGAACAUUUACAGAUCAAAAUAUGCGGUCUAGUAAGGUAGUCAUUUUUAAUCAUUGACACUGUUGGACAGAGGUGAAUGCUUACACGCAGAAAAUGUCAGCUCGUAGCUGUUUAACACAUCUCAGCACCCAGUAGUUAACACCACACAUGCCUUAGGAUUUACUGGCUCAUGCAGUCGCUGGUUUGUCGCCGUUCUGUGAACACUGCGAAGCCUUCAGCUGUUAACUUUGAGGAUCGACAUCAUUAAACAGUUCAGCUUUACACCGUCGUUAUUGCUGUAACAUGGUUGAAAUGAUUCCAUGCAACGAAAGGACAGAGGACGUUAAGGAGGACACGAGGACUGAUGGCAAUGGACACACCGUGGAAAAUGUGGCUCCAGAGCUGGUCAGCAACGAAACCAAGGAAGAUCCGGAAACCCAAAUGCAGAAGACCAGAACCUGGAUCUGGUCGGUGGUUUAUCUUUGUUUCUAUGGUUUCAUGGUGCAGCUGAAGCCCGGAGAGCCAUUUAUCACACCGUACCUGCUCAGCACAGAGAAGAACUUCACUAGUCAACAGGUCACCAAUGAAAUUAACCCAGUCCUCACAUAUUCCUAUAUGGCCGUGCUGGUGCCUGUCUUUCUACUGACCGAUUACCUACGAUACAAACCUGUGCUGAUCGUUCAGAGCAUGAGUCAUGUUUCCAUUUGGCUCUUGCUGCUUUUAGGGAGCUCGUUGCUGGAGAUGCAGUUUAUGGAGUUCUUUUAUGGCAUCACCAUGGCUGCCCGCGUGGCGUACUCCUCGUACAUUUUCUCGCUCGUACCUGCGACUGUUUAUCAGCGUGUCGCCAGCUAUUCCCGCUCUUCUGUGCUCAUGGGAGUCUUCACGAGCUCUGUGCUGGGGCAGAUAUGCUUGUCACUAGGAGAUGUAUCAUACAGGACGUUAAGUGCGAUCUCUCUGGGGUUUGUCACUUUUGGGUUGCUCUUGUCCUUCUGCCUGCCGUGGCCUAAACGUAGCUUGUUUUUCAACCAAGCGCGACUGGAAGAGGAAAGGAGAGAAGCUGCUCAAUCGGAAUUGGCCAGAAUGAAGCCUGAAGAAAAAGAUGGCAGUGUGGCAGCACAAGGCAGUAACCCCAAAUACCCCUCCUGGACGAAUUCAGUGUUUGUUGAGAUGUUGAAGGAGUUAAAAAACGUAGUGAAAGUACCCAGUUUAAGGCUUUGGAGCUUGUGGUGGGUGUUCAACUCUACUGGUUAUUAUUUAGUAUUAUUCUAUGUGCACAUCCUGUGGAAUAAAGUCUACCCUGCCACAGAGAACAAACAUGUUUACAACGGAGCUGUUGAAGCUGCUUCUACCUUAUUAGGUGCAAUCACAUCUUUUGCGGCUGGCUAUGUGAAAAUUCGAUGGAAUCUUUGGUCUGAGCUUGUGAUUGGACUGAUCACUGCAGCACAGGCCGGUCUACUGCUUCUCAUGGGUAUCACAGAUGACAUCUGGGUUUGCUAUGUGGCAUAUGCCUUUUUCAGAGGCUUCUACCAGUUCCUGGUACCAAUCGCUAUUUUCCAGAUUGCCUCCUCUCUCACUAAAGAACUGUGUGCUUUAGUGUUUGGAGUAAACACUUUUCUUGGAACAGUUCUGAAAACGAUCAUCACUAUCAUCGUGGCAGAUAAGAGGGGAUUGGCUUUGAAUGUUCAUUCUCAGUUUUUUGUUUAUUUCUUUUACUUCGCUCUGUUGACUGUGAUCUAUCUGGGCUGUAGUGCCUUUGUCAUCACAUGUCACUACCGCAAUCAGAGAGCACAGGAGGAGACCACGGAAGUAGCUAGAGCCACUGAACUUAAUCCCAUGACAACCAUGGAGGGUGAAGACACAAUGGCACAAAAUGGAACCAAUGUUAAGACAUGAGAUUCAAAGAAAUUGUGCCUACAAGUGGAGUUCCUCCAACUCUCCAACUGUUACUUCAAAAUCAGAACAUUUUAUUUUAUGUACGAGUAGCCUUUGUUUUAUUAUUUUAUUUUUGUCAGGAGUAGCGUUAGGUAUUUUUUAAAACGUCAUCAAAUUCUAAUUCGAUUUUGUGGAAAGCAAAUCUAAGUAUUGAGGUUGUUUUUAGGAUGUGAUGCCAAUGUAGUCUCAGAUCGAGAUGUUGUCAGAUCUUUAAUUUUAUUGUUUGUAUGUCAUUUCAUAUGGUUGUCUUUGUUAGGGUGAACAAAGAAAGUCAAAUCAUUUUUGUAAGGAAUAUUUGGAAGCCAAACACGGCAAGUUUGGUUUCCUCGCCUCUGAUAGGAUUACUUUUUGACUUCAGUAUACUGUGAAGGCAGAAGUAUUAUUUGCCGCUAAUAAUUGAAAUGGAAAUAAUUACUACUGUACAGCCUUUAGAUCAAGGUCUCUAAUUUGAUUAUCACGGAAUGGUGAUAUUUAUGUCCUUAUAUCUGAUUGCUGUCUAGUGGCAGCUGGGUAGGGUUGGGUGAUUUUAUUAAUUUAUUUUGUAACUCCUGGAUAGCUCAAAAUGGGUUUCUGCUCACCAGUAAGCAGGAGUAGAUAAUGGAAAACAGUGUUGCUGCUAACGCGGAGGGAUAACAGAAUGUUAUGGAACAGGGAUGGGAAAUCGCUUCAUAAACACUUCAGUCUGCAUUGCUUGAUGACAAAUAUUUGCCAUUGUAAAAGAAGCAAAAUAUGCAAAUGACCAUGUUUUGAUGGAAACGCAAGUUACUCAGUGUUAAGUUUAUAGAACGUCUAUAAAAGAAAUGUCACACACAAAUCGAAUGUUCACAUGGCACUUGCUUAGUUCUACUGUAUUUUAAAAUAAUUACUGGGUUUUUUUAUAGUGUGAUCAUAUUAGGAAUUCCAGACAAUGUCUAAUUACAAAUAAAUUGUUAGCAAUAAAGUCAUUUUCAUUUA